GCAGUAGACGGCUUCGGGCCGAGGGGCGGGGUGGUGGGCAGGUUUAUACCAGCGAAGGAUCAGCUGACGCUCUGCAUUGCAGAUUGCAGGGUCAGGCGGCGCCAUGUACCCUCUCUUCGUCCUGGCCAGCCUCUUGGGCGCGGCUGUCGCCAGCCCUGUCCUAGGCCUGAGAGAAUGCACCAGAGGCUCAGCAGUGUGGUGCCAGAAUGUGAAGACAGCAGCCGACUGCGGGGCUGUGAAGCAUUGCCUGCAGACCGUCUGGAACAAGCCGACAGUGAAAUCCCUUCCCUGCGACAUAUGUAAAGACGUCAUCACCGCAGCCGACAACAUGCUGAAAGACAAUGCCACUGAGCAAGAGAUCCUCAUGUACUUGGAGAAGACCUGUGACUGGCUUCCUAAGCCGGACAUGUCUGCCUCAUGCAAGGAGAUUGUGGACUCCUAUCUCCCAGUCAUUUUGGACAUGAUUAAAGGACAGAUGAGCAACCCCGCUGAGGUGUGCUCUGCCCUCAAUCUCUGCGAGUCUCUUCAGAAGCACCUGGCAGAGCUCAAUCACCAGAAACAGCUCGAGUCCAAUAAGAUCCCAGAACUGGACAUGGCUGAGGUGGUGUCUCCCUUCAUGGCCAACAUCCCGCUCCUCCUCUAUCCGCAGGACGGCUCCCACACAGAGCCCCAGCCGAAGGCUGGCGGGGAUGUUUGCCAGGACUGCAUUCAGCUGGUGACUGACAUCCAGAAUGCCGUGCGGACCAACUCCACCUUCGUUGAGGCCUUGGUGGAACAUGCCAGGGAGCAGUGUGACCGCCUGGGGCCCGGCAUGGCCGACAUGUGCAAGAACUAUAUCAACCAGUAUUCAGAUAUUGCUGUCCAGAUGAUGAUGCAUAUGCAACCCAAGGAGAUCUGUGGACUGGUCGGGUUCUGUGACCAGGUCAAGGAGAUGCCCAUGCAGCCUCUGCUCCCAGCUGAAGUGGUCUCAGAGAAUGUCAUCCCUGCCUUGGAACUGGUGGAGCCCAUUAAGAAGGACUUGGUCCAGACGAAGACUGAUGUUACCUGUGAGCUGUGUGAGUACGUCGUGAAGGAGGUGGUCAAGCUGAUUGACAGCAAUAAGACUGAGGAAGAAAUAAUUCACACUUUUGAUGAAAUAUGCUCAAAAUUGCCCAAAUCCAUUUCUGAAGAGUGCCAAGAGGUGGUGGACACUUACGGCAGGUCCAUCCUGUCGAUCCUCCUGCAGGAGGCGAGCCCUGAGCUGGUGUGCAGCCUGCUCCACCUCUGCACCUCCCAGAGACUGCCGGCGCUGACCGUACGUGUGACUCAGCAGAAGGACGGUGGCUUCUGUGAGGUGUGUAAGAAGCUGGUUGGCUACUUGGACAAAAACCUGGAGAAAAACAGCACAAAGCAGGAGAUCCUGGCUGCUCUUGAGAAAGGCUGCAGCUUUCUGCCUGACCCCUAUAAGAAUCAGUGUGAUCAGUUUGUGACCGAGUACGAGCCCGUGCUGCUAGAAAUCCUGGUGGAGGUGAUGGAGCCGUCCUACGUGUGCUCGAAAAUUGGAGCCUGCCCUGCAGCCCAUAAGCCUCUUUUGGGAACAGAGAAGUGUGUCUGGGGCCCAAGCUACUGGUGCCAGAACAUGGAGACAGCAGCUUCAUGCAACGCUGUUGAGCAUUGCAGACGUCAUGUGUGGAACUAGAAAGAAUGUUCCAUCUUGGAGAAACUACAGCAUCUUUUCAUACUUACAUGUCUGGAGGAAUGAACACAGUUCUAUCGACUUUGUUGUAAAAUCGGCCCCCCUCCCCCACUCUGUUUCUUAUCUCCCUUAUCGUGGCAUUGUGGUCAGCGCAGGAGGUGCCUAGCCUGUGCUGACGUAGCUGCUUUAGUGUUCCUUUUCUUUCUGCUACAUGGAUGACGACACACGGCGUCCUAGCGGGCUUUCUGGCCCUUGCGUGGUGGGUACCGGGGGAGGAAGGGGGCUCUGAAUGCUGGUAGGACCAUAACCUAAGGAGGGAUGCCUUCCCCCUUCCUGGGCCUCUUGGCUGCUAGCUAAGAAAGCAAAACGAAGGCAGCUUUAUAUAAAUGAUUAGAGGCUCAAAACAAUGAGGCUUUUUACACCGUGUAGUUUGCACUGAUAGACUUUGGAAGUGGCUGCUCAGGAGACCUGGGUGGGGUGUGGGUUCCCUCUCCCUGGAUAAACCUCUGAUCUGGCUUUCCUGUGUCGUUCCUGGUGAUACCCUGUUUAGGGUUCUGUGGGUUUGGGUGGGAGGGGGAAAAAAUAACCUGCCUGAAUGCAACCUGCUUGGCUCACCAUGGAGGUCCUGUGGGCUGGGCUUUUGUGUGCGACCAUGUGGGCGGUGACCACCUCAAGGCCUGCCUUUUGCCUGCCCGCCGGCUGAGGCCUGCUCUGUGCCUCUGCGCUGCCGCCCGGGGCCGUCUCGGCCCCUCACCUCUGACACAUUUCACGGCUAUUCUCUCUGACUUCGACAUAAAUGUGGAAGACAAGCCUCUGGCUUCCAGGCAGAGGGCCUGCUGGGUGGCUGUGUGGGGGCCUUGGCCUCUCUCUGGUUCGGCUAAGUCUUCUGCUGCACUGCUCUUCGCCAGGAGACAACAAGACCUGCAGUUGCCAUUAAAUGGACGUAACAGUUUUUUGUUUUGCACUUGUGUCUGUGAUUUAACAAUAAAGUCUGUCGAUCA